AUGCCGUCAAUGUUCAUACUUGUGAAGGACAUCAAACCUCAAUACCAGCUCAGGGCAGUUCAUGUUAGAGUAGUCAGGGUAUUCAAAGUUCCAGAGAAAAGGGGAGAGGGUAACAGCAGUAAGAGUACGGAAGUAAUACUGCAUGAUGAAGAGGGAAGCUAUAUUCAUGCUAGCAUUCAAAAAAAAGGUGUGGUGAAAUAUAGAGAAAUAUUCAAGGAGGGAAAAUUGUUCGAAAUCAAAAAUUUCAUGGCUGCGACAAAUUAUUAUGUGUACAAGAUUACACAGCAUGCGUAUAUGAUCAAACUGAACUACAGGACAGAAGUGAAGGAGAUAAACUCUUUAGGAUUUCCUUUUAAAAUGUUUCGAUUAAAGAGUUUCAUUUCUUUAAAAGACACUGCAGAUGUGAACGACAAGGAACUUAUUGAUGUUAUUGGUCGUGUCAUUGAGAUCAAUAAUCAUGUGGAUAAGAUUAUAGGUGGAAAGGCAACCAAACUGAUUGACUUUCAGAUUGAAGAUAAUUUAGCGGGCAUUAGUGACUUUAAAAGUGCUGGACUCAUUGUGACUACCUGCUACGACCUUAAGAAGACACAAGUGGAUGGGGAAUACUAUGUUGCUGCUGAGAUCUUGGGUUUAGAUCUUGAUGAUGGGUGGUACUAUGUAUCAUGCAUGUCAGCCGGCUGUAAUAAGAAACUAAAAGAAGACGGAGGAUCACUUGUGUGUACUAAGUGUCAUAAGCCAUAUACUCAGGGUACAGUCAGGUAUAAGGUGGUCAUCAUGGCUUUAGACAAGAGUGGAGAUGCUCCACUAUUGCUUUGGGACAGAGAAGUUGCUGAGCUGGCUGAUGUUGAAGUACCCCCUGAGUUGGAUGCUAUUGUGGGAAUGAAGAUUUUGUUUAAAGUAGGGUUAAAACUGGCUCUAAAGCGGGGUAAUAAUUCCCCUUUCAGUGUGUUGAGGAUGUUAAGGGACGAACAUUUGGUCCAGACCUAUAGUGACAGGUUUGUCGAGCACCAAGAGCAGGAUUUAAUCUCAAAGAUGCUUGAGGAGGAAACAAACAGUGCUGAAGCAUCUAUAGGAGUAGAGGUUAAUAGUCCUGCUUCUAUGCAGCCCUCUCAACAUGAACUGGAUGACACUGCGGUCAACUCCUUAACUACCAAAAGGUCACUUUUGGAUGAGUUUUCCUCAUCCAAAAGUCGCAAGAAAGCAACACCAUCCAACAUCAAGAAGGAGAAGACUGCUUGA